UAUUUUAUGUGUUUUUUAAUGUUUUGUUCUUAGAUAUGAAAAGUUCAUGUGGCCCAAUUGUCAAGAUUGUAGAUUGCAGUACAGUAUAUUCCUAUCUGGUGUAGUCUAUAUGCAGAUUUGAAGUAGUUUCAAAAACAUGUUUAUGUACUCUUAAUCUCUAGAAAAUAAUAAUUGUUGUGUUCAAUAAAAGCAUCUCGAUGGUUGUGAAAGUUAAAAAUCUAAGACAUAUGUGAAUGAGGCCCUGGUGAAGUAGACACCAUUUCUGAUCACACCUUGCUAUUGUAUGUCCCUUUCCAUGUUUGUUUCUAAAGUUAUCAGGAGAAAUAAUGAUGAUCUUUCUAGUUAAAUUUCUGUUGCAUUCCAUUAUAAAAAAUUCUGACUUGAUUUAGAGAAGCCUUCCACAUUUGUGGACCUAUUAGAGCAGAUCCAGAGGAGGGCCACAAAUAUGAUCAGAAGGAUGGAGCACCUUUCCAGUGAAGACAGCUGUGAGCUGGAGCUGUUCAGCAGUAAAGAAGACAAGCUCUGGGUGACCUUUCAGCAGCCUUCCAAUACCUAAACGGGGCUUGUACGAAGGUGAGAGAGGGGCUUCUUACAGGAGCAUGUAGUGACAGGACAAGGUUCAUGGGGCAAAAUGUUUAAAACUGCAAGAGAGCAGAUUUAGAUUAGAUGUUAGGAAGAAAUUCUUUACUCAGAGGGUGGUGAAGCACUGGAACAGAGUGCUUACCCAGAGAAUUUCUGAUUGCCCAUGCCUGGAAGUGUUCAAGGCCAGGUUGGAUGGGGCCCUGAGCAAACUGGUCUAGAGAGUGGUGUCCUUGUCCCUGGCAGGUGGCUGGGACCUAGAUGAUCUUUAAGGUCUCUUCCAACCUAAAUCUUUCUACGAUUUUGCGACAAACUUGACAGAUUUUCUAAAAAAAUAAGUUUAGACUUGAAGAACAGGGUUCUUUGUUUUUUUUAAUCCAAUGAAAAUGCAAAUCAAAUUCCAAAAUAACAUGCAGUUACAAACUACUGAAGUCACCCUGUCUUUUAUUUCCUUUUUAUGACAUCUAGAGGAAAAAUCUUGAAAGCAUAGUUUUGCAAAGUAGCAGAGAUUUUCAUUUAUGCCAGCAGCAGAAUGCCUUAAAACUGACCAGAAACCUUUUGACUUGUCCCUUAGAACAAUGGUGAGCUCAGUGUAUGGAUUAGAUACUUCAUUUUGAGAUUGUUUUGCAUAUUUGUUGCCUAUCUUUCAGAAAGAUGAGAAAAUAAGUUCAUAGAAAAAUAGAAUAGUUUGGGUUGGAAGAGAUCCUUGAAGGUCAUCUUGUCCAGUCUUCUGCCAUGAGCUGAGAUUUCUUCAAUGAGAUCAGGAUCAAGUCGUAAUAUUGUUCUCCCAGCCAUGCUUAAUGAAUCUGCUGGAAGUUAUGUCCUACUCCUUUGAGCAGCUGGAACACUCACAGCUUUCCCUAAAGGAUUAUAAAUUUUGAUAUUCAGAAGACUGAAGGAUGCCAUCUGAGAGGUGCCUAAGUGUUCAGGAAAUGCUGACAGGCCAGAGGCUUUGUCAGUCUAGUUCCCACAAUGAUGCUGUCCUGGCAGCUCUGAACCAACAAAGAAGUGAUGGCAUACUUUGUGACAUUACCCUUAUUGCUGAAGAGCAGAAAUUCCAUGCACAUAAAGCAGUCCUGGCAGCCUGCAGUGACUACUUCCGAGCAAUGUUCAGUCUCUGCAUGGUUGAGAGUGAAGCUGAUGAGGUGAAUUUACAUGGUGUCACAAGCCUUGGUUUAAAACAAGCCCUGGACUUUGCAUAUACUGGACAGAUCCUCUUGGAACCAGGGGUGAUACAGGAUGUCCUAGCAGCUGGGAGUCAUUUACAGCUGCUGGAGCUUCUCAGUUUAUGUUCUCACUAUCUCAUUGAGGAAUUAAAUAGCUUUAAUUAUUUGGACCUGUACAAGCUUGCGGAUCUUUUCAACCUCACUUUGUUGGAGAAUGCAGUCAUUGGCUUCUUAGUAAAACAUCUCUCUGAGCUAUUGAAGAGUCAUCCUGAAGAAGUUCUGGCACUCCCAUACUGUCUUCUUCGAGAGGUUUUUAAAAGCGAUAGACUCACUUCACUCAGUGAAGAACAAAUCUGGCAGCUGGCUGUGAGGUGGUUGGAACACAACUGCCGCUACCAGUAUCUGGAUGAACUUCUCCAGUAUGUCCGCUUUGGCCUUAUGGAUGUGGAUACACUGCAUACUGUAGCUCUUACUCAUCCUCUUGUCCAAGCCAGUGAAACUGCGACAGCGCUCAUUAAUGAGGCCUUGGCUUACCACCAGAGUGUCUAUGCACAGCCAGUUUGGCAAACUGCAAGGACAAAGCCUCGCUUCCAGUCAGACACUCUUUAUAUUAUUGGUGGGAAGAAACGAGAAGUCUGUAAAGUGAAGGAAUUGCGAUACUUCAACCCGGUAGACCAGGAGAACGUUCAUAUUGCGGGGAUCGCUAACUGGAGCGAGCUGGCACCUAUGCCAGUGGGGAGGAGCCACCACUGCGUUGCUGUCAUGGGAGACUUUCUUUUUGUAGCUGGUGGAGAGGUGGAGCACUCCACAGGGCGCACGUGUGCCGUGAGAACUGUCUGUCGAUACGACCCCCGCACUAACUCCUGGGCCGAGAUAGCUCCGAUGAAGAACUGCCGGGAACACUUUGUGCUGGGAGCCGUGGACGAGUACCUGUAUGCCGUAGGGGGCAGAAACGAAUUGCGUCAAGUGCUGCCCACAGUCGAACGCUACUGCCCCAAGAAGAACAAGUGGACCUUUGUACAGUCCUUUGAUCGGUCACUCUCAUGCCAUGCUGGAUAUGUGGUGGAUGGUCUUCUUUGGAUAUCAGGAGGAGUAACAAAUACUGCACAAUAUCAAAAUAGACUCAUGGUCUAUGAUCCUAAGCAGAAUAAGUGGUUAAGCCGUAGCCCGAUGCUGCAGAGGAGAGUGUAUCACUCCAUGGCCGCUGUCCAAAGGAAGCUGUACGUGUUAGGUGGGAACGACCUCGACUACAACAACGAUCGCAUCCUGGUCCGUCACAUCGACUCCUACAGCAUAGACGCCGACCAGUGGACCCGCUGCAGCUUCAACAUGCUGACAGGUCAAAAUGAGUCUGGAGUUGCUGUCCACAAUGGUAGAAUAUAUUUAGUUGGUGGCUAUUCGAUUUGGACAAAUGAGCCUUUGGCAUGCAUCCAGGUGCUGGAUGUUAGCAAGGAGGGGAAGGAAGAGGUAUUCUAUGGGCCCACACUCCCCUUUGCUUCCAAUGGAAUAGCAGCCUGCUUUCUUCCAGCUCCUUAUUUCACGUGUCCCAACCUUCAGACUCUGCAAGUGCCUCACCACAGGAUCGGCACAAUGUGACACGUUCCUUGUGCUUCACGGAAUCGGAAGUGGAGGAGGAAAACAUCAAACCCUGUGUAUAGAAGGGUUUCUCUGGGUCAGUGAGAAGAAUCAAUCCACUUGGGCUGCUGCUUUACCAUCACACAUUUGUCUUAAAGUCAGAUCACAGCAGGCAGGGAGGAAGAUCCAAAGCCUGCGUGCGGUUUCUCUCCUCAGCCUCAGACGCAGAAGCAGAUACGUGAGCGCGUUGUGCAUUUCUGCCGGUGGCCACUUGCUACGUGUCUUCUUCAUUUCCUUAUGCAACUUUGCCAGCCAUUGUGGAUGCUCUCAGCUCUUCCUGGGCCGCUGCUCUUUGGAGUCUGCACAUUCAGUUGUUCACCAGUGGUACUUUCAAAGACAAUAAAAAUGCUCUGUUUAUGUUGACAAAGAUUAUACAAUACUGUGCUAAUUAUGCAACUUACUCAAUACCUUUGGCAAAAAGAAUAACAAAUGUGUUGACUUCCAAUUCCGAACUCCAUCGUUUACAGUUUCUCAUUUAAUAAUACUUCAUUUGAAAUUUAAAUACUUCAAAACAGAUUAAAACAAAAACAAAAAAAACCAAACAAGCCCUAUAGGAUAUGAAGAACAGAUAAAAAUUGUCUCAGCUGAAAGGCAAAGAAAAUGAAGCCUCACGGUUAAACUCAAGUCUGAACUGAAUGUGUUUGUCUGAGAAUCUAAAGAUUGUUUGGGAUGUCAUUUACCAAGGUCUACUACCAAAUAAAUGUUACCUUCUGUCAUAUGAUCAAUUCUUCCUGACAGCUGCAGUCUUUUAGUGGUGGAGAUCAGCCUCUUUACUGUAUAAUUAAAAUGUGCCAUUUACUUAAUAUUUUUAAUAUCCAGUUUGCAAGGGGUCACCACAUUUACAAUUAUCAGUGAACAGUCUCAUUUUGUCCAACAUAUGGUCCCACAAAUCACUAGUCUCCAGAGGCUAAACAGGUGUAGAACAAUGUCAAUAUUUAUUUAUUUAUUCUUUCAUUUUAUAUAGCGUGUCUCCAUUCCACUCUCCAGGCAUAUGCCAGCUCACAGCAAAUACUCUAACCUGGUGUAUUUUGGCUUUGCUUGGCUAAGGCAGUCCCUGUCUCUUAUCUCUGUCUUUUAUUUAUAUAUUGAACAAAAAUGUCAAUGUUUGUAAAUAUUAACCAAGCAUGUAAUUAAAUCUUUCUCUAUUUCUGA